UUAACGGCGUUACGAUGUUUGUUUCGUUUUCUUAUACGGAUAACGCACCACACAGAUUUUCUUCAAGAUCAACCAAGUGACAUUGAAGAAGAAAGUUAUCAACCAAGUGACAUUGAAGAAGGAAGUUAUUUUAACAAAUUCCGUGAAUAUUUGGCGCGUUAUCAAGAAUUUCAUGGCAUUCCUCGCACCGAAUACACUUUUCCGGCGUUGAUUAAGGUCAUGGGACAAGCGACUGGACGAUCAUUGCUCGCUUUACUCUAUGUUGUUCUGAAUGUAACGCCGAUAAUACUGAUAUUAUUACACAUUCUGCGGUUUAUACUGGACAAAACGAUAAGUAUACAGAAUACAAAUGAUUCCCGUCAAAUGCUGGUGAAGUACGCGAUUCUCGGUGUCCAAUUACUUUGUAUUUAUGUGUUUCUCGUGUUCAUCUUUGGUUGCAUAGUUAUUCCAAUAGUACACAUGACUAUUGGGGUAAUCGUGAAAAUAAUUUUGUACACUUAAAAAUUGUUGUCGGAUAUAUUUAUAUAUAUGAGUGUAUUUUUUUAUUCUAUAUAAUCAUUAAUCGUUCCAUCAUUCAAUGUCACAGAAAAGUCAUGAAUAUACGAUAUUAAACCUUUUUACGAAAAAAUGUGCAAACUUCGUAAUAGUGUAUUGAUUUCUUAAUUUUUAUUAGUUUCAAAAAUAAUAACAUUUUUAAAAAGUCCAUGUACGAGUUCAAAUAAAUAUGUUUUUGUUCACGAAACUUGUUUAUCUUGAAUUUGCAGAAAGUAAAUGUUUUUAAAAUGAUUGAUUCUUGAAUUUUUUAUAAGACAAAGUAGAAAAAGUGUUCCGACUUGUUCGUAACCUUGAAUUGUUACUUCGAAGAGAAUUUUUUGCAUUAUUUUCAUGGAGCUUGAUUCUUGGAUGCAGUUUCUUUAGUCAAAAAUAAAUAAAAUAUAAAAUGCAAUCGGGUGGUUAUUUUAUUUGAAUAAUUUUGACGAUAUCUAAAAAAAAAACAGAUUUUCCAAAUCCGUUGUACAAAUAAAAAUGAAAAUAAAACUCAUGGCACAUGUGAAGCAGCUCGAAAAGUCAAAAUGAUUUCAAAAAGUUUUAACUCUGAAAAACUUUUCGACCAACUCGUUGCGAAGCCACAAUAAUCAAAUGUUUCGCUGCAUUACAUACAAAGUCUUAUGAAACCACACGCUUACCAAAUAAGAUCGAUUGAAUUUGGAUGCA